AUGGCGGCUGCAACUACUAGAUCACCACCGCUGACGGACUCGCCCCCGAGUGUAACGGUGCGUAGGCAACCGCUCCCUCCACGAGACCUUCCGCAGAUUCCAACUCAGAGUUUGGAUUGGGAUUCAACUGGUGGUGUCAAACCGUUGGCCACAACCCCAGUCCCACCUCUCGGAUCUCCACGAUUGCGACAUCCGCCUCGUUCUCCUGUGCGCGUCAGUGUCAAACCCGACAACUGGGCCCAGCACUCGGAAGGAAGUAUCGUGAACCACCACGACAGCGAACUGCCACCCUUGCCCAAACUGUCUGAUAGGGAACUCCCAAAAACACCGGAUGCUCCUACGCCCCCAACGUUGAGUCCUGUCACCAGUCAAGCACGGCAGAAAGAGAAGCAGCAAGAGCACCACUACCUCAAGCACCACCAGUAUCACCACCGCGCAAGAGAAUCAGAAAGGAUGGCCGAGGAAUCCGUGCGCGCGGUCUCAGCCCCGACCGCCGAGCACAAGCCGGUGCUGGUGAAGCAGAAGUCGAGGCCCGGGACUGCGUCCCAUGCAGAGAUCGUGAGCCCAGUCGAUUCAAAAGCCACCCUGGCCUCCCCCUCCCUGCCCUCCGCCGAGUCGAGACCAGCAAAAACCGACGCUGCAGCUUCCUCAUCGCCCACCAACGCUACACAACAACAAGCUCACGACGACAGCAGACACAGCCGUGAGACCGGGUCGUCCACGCUUGGCACACAAACCCCGCAGCACAAGUCCACCGGGUCGUCGAUCGUGACGAGUGCAAGCUCUGCGACUGGCGCAACCGAGGUCGCUGACGCCAAGGACGACUCGCCCGUCGCCUCUGAGGAAAGCUCGAUUGUCGAGGAACCGGACCGGCCGGAUUCGGUGCCGCAGCUCCAAUAUCACCAUUCGCAGUUCAUUCCUACACACACCGGUCUCCCGAAGCACGACCAGAAGAUGUCGUCCACCCCGGACUUGCUCGAGGGCGCAAGCUCCAUAAACCGCCACCUGACCCCCAACCAGUUUGUCCGACGAAGUUCGAUGCCCCGUCCACAGUCCUCCUAUUCAGUGUACUCGGACGCAAGUCAAAGAGGGCGUUCGCCAGGCCUUCACCCCGGGGCCUCGCCUAAGCGUGCACCAUCGGCGCACUCUCGCGGAUCGCCCGACGUACGACCGACCUCAUAUAUCGACAUGCUAAACGUUCCAUAUCCGCAACCGGCUCCGGCUCCCAUAACCCUGGACAACUCACGACUGCGGAAUGCAGUUGGCACCAAUGCAUCACUUUUAAGUACUCAAAAAACGCUCGAGAUGUAUAGGCAGAAUGUCAAGAAGACAAACGACCUGUCGAUCCAGUACUCAUUUGCAGUAUUCCUUAUUUCUACGGCGCAAGAACAAGGCUUCGACCCGGCCGCGGAUGAACCGCCUAAGAGAAAGGGGAGCCCAAAGGCUGAUCGUGACAGCCCCCGCAUCGAGUCGGCACCGGGCUCCUCGCCGCACGAGCUUGUCAGGGAAGCAAGGAGCAUCCUCCAGAAACUUGCAAGCAAUGGCUAUCCUUUUGCGCAGUAUUAUCUUGCGGACGGCUACGCAUCUGGGCUGUUCAGCAAAGGAAAGGAGGAUUACAAUGCAGCAUUUCCCCUCUUCGUCCUCGCCGCCAAGCACGGCCACGCCGAGUCGGCAUACCGCGCAGGCCUAUGCUACGAGUUUGGCUGGGGUUGCCGAAAGGACCCGGCCAAGGCAGUCCAGUUCCUCCGCACUGCGGCCUCCAAGAGGCAUCCGGGCGCCAUGACGCGGCUCGGAAAGGCCUGCCUGUCGGGUGAUCUGGGCGAGAAGCGGUACCGGGAGGGCAUCAAGUGGCUGAAGCUCGCAACCGAGUCGGCCGACGCGCAGUACAACGGGGCUCCGUACCACAUGGGCUGCCUGUACGAGACUGGGUAUGGCGAUGACAUCUUCAAGGACGAGAGCUAUGCCGCCGAGUUAUUCACGCAGGCGGCAGAUCUGGGGCACCCCGAGGCGAACUUCCGCAUGGGCGAAGCGUACGAGCAUGGCCUGCUCAACUGCCCCCGCGAUCCGGCGCUCAGUGUACAUUUUUACACCGGUGCGGCCGAACGAGGUCAUGCAGGUGCAAUGAUGGGGCUAUGCGCCUGGUAUAUGGUCGGCGCCGAGCCCAUCUUGGAGAAGGAUGAGGAGGAGGCGUAUGAGUGGGCGCGUCGUGCUGCGGGACUUGGCAAUGUCAAAGCUCAGUAUGCGGUUGGCUAUUUUACAGAAAUGGGUAUUGGCUGCAGACGUGAUAUUCUCGAGGCCAACGUCUGGUACGUCAAGGCAGCCGAUUCUGGAGACGAACGUGCCAAGCAAAGAUUGGCAGCCAUCCGUGCUGCCGUCAGUGGAGGAACCCCCAUGGAAACCGCUCCACCGCGAAAUGGCAAAAUUAAGAAGAAUGCCAGCGACAAAGACGAAAGCUGUGUGGUCAUGUAA